CAGGCCCCGGCUCCAAUGUCCGAUCCGAUCCAUUCCUGGCCCAAUCCUGGGCCCACAUGACGUGACAUGGGGAUUACAGCUCGGUAGUCGGGGCACGCCAUGAACAGCACCGGAAGGGGGAAGGAAAGAAAGAAAUCGAACAAGUCUUCGCAAAACUAGGACUGCGCUGCCAGUAGGUCUUCGCAAUCAGCUUCGUUCUCCACAGGAUGAUGUGACGGUGCAAUGGACCUGGAGCAAAUCUUAUUAGUUUAUGUUAGCGCGCCUCGCCCGGUCGGUCGGGCGCCGCAGCCCCCGUUGUUUUCGUCUCGCAAUCGCCAUUGAUUUCCAAUCGACACCAGAGGGCAGAGGAGGAGGAGGAGAGGAGCAGUCACUCCUGGUCCUGGCUGCUCGAUUCGCAGCGGCAGGGAGAGAGAGCAUCCGUCUUCUCCGGCUAACCCAGCCCAGCGGCUCCCGCGCGGCCAUGGCGCCCCUCCCCCUUCUCCUCCUUGGCCUCUUCCUCCUCGUCCUGCCUCUCGCCGCCGCGCAACAGAUGCGCUCUUUCUCCGCCAACGACACGGCCUGGCGCCCUACCGACAGCAACCGCACCCUCGUCUCGCCGGGAGGGGACUUCGCCGCCGGGUUCGUGCCGGCAGCCUCCUCUACUUCGGGCACCUACCGCUUCGCCGUCUGGGUCGUCGGCGCCAGCUCCACUGACCGGGCCGUCAUCUGGUACGCCCACAGUCUCAAGAACAACUCCGCCUACGAGGCCGACGGCGCCUCCGCGCUCGCCGUCGACGCGACGGGCCGGCUGUCCUGGUCCGACGCCGGGAACGGCACCGUCUGGUCGCUCUCGCCCGUCCCCAAUUCCUCCGCGAGCGCGGCGGCGCUGCUGCUCAACGACACGGGGAGCCUGCUCUACGGCGGGGCCUGGUCGAGCUUCGUCGAGCCCACCGACACGCUCAUGCCGGGGCAGGCCAUCCCGGGAGGCAACACCACGACGCUCCACUCCGCCAACGGCCGCUACACGCUCGUCAACUCCGCCACGCUGCAGUUCGGCAGCCUGAUGUACGCCAACGUCAGCAGCGGCAGCGCUCUGCUCAACCUCACCGACGACGGCAAGCUCAUCCUCAGCGGCGGGACCCCCCCGAUGCUUAUCGCCUCCGACCAGGGCACCACCAACCGGGUGCGGCGGCUCACGCUCGAUGACGACGGCAACCUGCGCCUCUACACCCUGCUGCCCAGGCCCCGGCGCUGGAAGGUGGUGUGGCAGCUCGUGCAGGAGCUCUGCACCAUCCGGGGCACCUGCCCCGCCGCCAGGAUUUGCGUCCCCGUCGGCGCCGACAGCGUCAGCUGCGUCUGCCCGCCGGGGUACGGCAACGCCACCCUGGAAGGCCCCUGCGCGCCGAAGAAGAACUACAGCGGCAGGGGCAACGACGACAAGUUCGUCCGGAUGGACUUCGUCUCCUUCUCCGGGGGCGCGCCCAACACGCUGGCGGACCCUGGUCCCCUGAUGACGAAGCUGCCGCCGCAGAACCUCGUGGACUGCGAGAAGAUGUGCCGGCAGAACGCGAGGUGCGUGGCGUUCGGGUACAAGUUCGGCGGCGACCGGACGUGCCUCCAGUACACGGCGCUGGCGGACGGGUACUGGUCCCCGGCGACGGAGAUGUCGACGUACCUCCGGGUGGUGUCGUCGGACAACGACAGCAACCCGUUCACGGGGAUGACGGACAUGAUCGAGACAGUGUGCCCCGUACGGCUGAAGCUGCCGGUGCCGCCGAAGCAGGCGCGGACGACGAUCCGGAACGUGGCCAUCAUCACGGCGCUGUUCGCGGUGGAGCUGCUGGCCGGGGUGCUGUCAUUCUGGGCGUUCCUGCGCAAGUACUCGCAGUACCGGGAGAUGGCGCGCACGCUGGGGCUGGAGUACCUGCCCGCCGGCGGGCCGCGGCGGUUCUCGUACGCGGAGCUGAAGGCGGCGACCAAGGACUUCUCCGACGUUGUCGGGCGCGGCGCGUACGGGACGGUGUACCGCGGCGAGCUCCCCGACCGGCGCGCCGUGGCGGUGAAGCAGCUGCACGGCGUGGGCGGCGGCGAGGCGGAGUUCUGGGCGGAGGUGACCAUCAUCGCGCGGAUGCACCACCUGAACCUGGUGCGCAUGUGGGGGUUCUGCGCCGACCGGGAGCAGCGGAUGCUGGUGUACGAGUACGUGCCCAACGGGUCGCUGGACAAGUACCUGUUCGUCUCCGGCGGCGGCGGUGGUGGCGGAGGCGGAGAGGACGAUGACUCCUCGCCGUCGUCGUCGGAGCAGAAGCAGCAGCCGCCGCUGCUUGACCUCCACACCCGGUACCGCAUCGCCCUGGGCGUGGCCCGCGCCAUCGCGUACCUCCACGAGGAGUGCCUGGAGUGGGUGCUCCACUGCGACAUCAAGCCGGAGAACAUCCUGCUGGAGGACGACUUCUGCCCCAAGGUGUCCGACUUCGGUCUGUCCAAGCUGACGAGCAAGCGCGACAAGGUGACCAUGUCCCGCAUCCGUGGCACCCGCGGGUACAUGGCCCCCGAGUGGGUGAUCCACCGCGAGCCCAUCACGGCCAAGGCCGACGUGUACAGCUUCGGCAUGGUGCUGCUGGAGGUGGUCUCCGGCCGCCGGAACUACGGGUUCCGGCAGGAGUCGGUGGGCAGCGAGGACUGGUACUUCCCCAAGUGGGCGUACGAGAAGGUGUACGUGGAGCGGCGCAUCGACGACAUCCUGGACCCGCGCAUCGCCGCCUCCUACGACGACGUCGCCAGCGUCGCCACUGUCGAGCGCAUGGUCAAGACGGCCAUGUGGUGCCUGCAGGACCGCGCUGAGAUGCGGCCGUCCAUGGGGAAGGUGGCCAAGAUGCUCGAGGGAUCCGUCGAGAUCACAGAGCCCGUCAAGCCAACAAUCUUCUGCAUCCAGGACGACUAGCCUAAUUCUCGUUCCAGAUGUCACCAAUGUGAAUUCCCGUGCCGUUUGUAGAAAUUACUGCUGCUAGUUGCUACUAGUUACCACUGCAGGAACUGCAGAUCGAGUUCCCCUGAUUGGAAGAAAUCAAAAGCUCAUCUUCGUGUCUGGUGAUCUGGUCUCAGGCGAAACAGAGCAAUAGCAAAACAGAGUUACUGUCUGGUUGCAGCAAGCAUCAGUCAUUCAGUUAAAUUGCGGUGGGGAUGUGAUGCCAGAAGGUGCCAGGAAAUUGCUUUGUUAUUAUGUAGGGCUUUGCUACGGUGCACUGAAGUGAAUGUGGACGGUUAAUCUAAUGUCAUAUUACCUCUUAGGAGGUAAUAAUUUUAAUAUUUAUUUUAUAUAUUUUAAAUCAGAAAAUAGAGAAUUAGAUCUAACUUGCAUGCAUGAUUAGUUAAGAUCUCAGAUUUCUAUUUUUUUCCAAGCACGUCACGUACCCAUGAGCAGAUUGCAUGUAACGCUUUGCUUUGUUUUUUCUUUUUGCCAUUUCCUCACGUGAUAUUUGCCAAUCGCAUCUUGUAACAUAGCUUUGUUAGAAAAAAUUGACAUGGCAUGUGAUCUAAAUAUCUAAUUGAUCUUAUAAUAGAUAUGAUGGAUCAGUUGUAAUA